AGCAUCACAGUAGACUUUGAACUACUGAGGUUACAUCAGAGUUAAAUAACCAUGAUCCUCUCCACUGCAGCCAGUUUCUGGACCUCUACCAUGAUCCUUCUAUAUCUGCACUCAGGUGACUGUGCAGAGAUCAUUGGUGGAAAGGAGGUGAAGCCUCACUCCUUACCCUACAUGGCUCUACUGGAGGACAACAAAGGAAACAAAAUGUGUGGAGGAAUCCUGAUCCACCAGCAAUGGGUCCUGACUGCAGCCCACUGUACUGACAUCAACAAGGUGUUUCUUGGGGUCCACUCCAUCAAACAGGAGGAGAAGGACACUAGACAGGUCCGUAAGGUUAAAGGUCGCGUCCCUCAUCCCUGUUAUGACCCCGGAUUCAAGGUCAACGACAUCAUGCUGUUGAAGUUGGAUAAGAAAGUAAAGCUGACUACGGCAGUGAGACCUCUAGCGUUACCUGUCCCUCUGGCAGACGUCCAAGCAGGGACCGCCUGCUCAGUGUCUGGAUGGGGAGCCACCGAGAACAAUGCUAAAACCAUGUCUGACGUCCUGAAAUCUACCAACGUCACCGUGAUCGACAGGAGGAAGUGUAACUCUGCAGACUACUACAACAUGACCCCAAUCAUCACCUACAACAUGCUGUGUGCCGGGUCUGUGGACAAUACCAGGGUGGACUCAUGUCAGGGAGACUCCGGUGGCCCGUUGGUGUGUGGAGGUGAACUAAGGGGAGUCGUGUCGUUCGGUACAAAAUGUGGCAUCAAGACCAAACCUGGGGUGUACACACUCAUAUCAAAAAUGUACCUUGAUUGGAUCAACAAAACCAUGAGGAAGUCACUGAUUGACUGAUACCUGCUUUCUCAGGCUUUCCUUAAUAAUUGUGAAAUUAUUUAAUAUUUACUGAAUUUGAAUUAUAGCUCAUGUGCUGGAAGCUGUAAAAUAUGUUUGAUCUCUUGCCAAGCUUUGUGUGAAUAAGUGCAGUGAUGUAAUGUAAACCUAAACAUGUGAUGUAAGUACAAAAUGGGAAAAUAUGGAUAUUGAAUUUGCUCACUAAAAUUAAAAUGUGAAA